AUGGAUCGCGGCAAGGCAUCACCCAUUCUCGCGCCUCGUCACGACUCAUCGAGCCGCGUUACCAAACCCGAAUCAGCAGCAGACAAGCUCGCCGCCCUCAAAGCCAGAGUUGCAGCAGCAGUUGGUAGCAGUAAAGCGAAGGUUGGAGGAGGAGGAGGAGGAGGCACAGGGCUGAAUGCACCACCUCAUCCCAUCCUCGCUCGAGGAGGCUUGAACGUCGACCUCCAUCCAGCGCUUCAGGACUUGGGACAGUACAAGGCAUCAAAGAGCGUUGCGCCCAAGUUCGCAACAAGUAUUGGAAAUGCCCGACCACAACCCGACAAACCGGCUGCGAAGAUCAAGAAACAGCUUGAUCUCUCUGGACCCUCGCCUGAGGAAACGAGAAAUAAUCCGUACUUCGAUAUCAGUCUAGGGGCCCAGACAGCAACAUUGAAGAAUAGGCAUUCGAGACAGCUGGUUUUCAAUCAGAAGGGCAAAUAUAUUCAGCAGGCCACUGCAUUACGAAGACAGGCCGCCCUGGAGGCGAUGAAGAAGCGCAUCGCUGAAUCAUCUAGGAAAAUUGGUAUAGACGAAGACCUUGAUACAGAAAAGAACUACCUGAUUGAGGCGCCCCCGGAAAUUGAAUGGUGGGAUGAGGGACUGGUAGAUGCUAAGAAUUACGAUGGAUUGGACGAUCCAAAGAGAUUAAAAAUCGAUACGGCCGACUCGAUCAUCACCGAAUACAUCCAACAUCCAGUUCUUCUCGAGCCUCCACAGGAAAAGAAUAUGCCCGCACCCAAGCCUAUGUUCUUGACCUCGAAAGAACAGGCCAAGCUGCGUCGACAGCGAAGAAUGGCAGAAUUAAAGGAACAACAAGCUAAGAUCCGACUCGGAUUUGAGCCAGCGCCCCCUCCAAAGGUAAAGAAAGGAAACCUCAUGCGAGUGCUAGGAGAGGAAGCUGUCAAGGAUCCUACGGCCGUUGAAGCACGCGUGAACCGAGAGAUCGCAGCACGUCACCAAACGCACGUCGAAAUGAACGAGGAGCGAAAACUCACCAAAGAACAACGACACGAAAAGCUUGCUUUGAACCAGGAGAAAGACGCUGCGAAGGGUAUUAAACUGAUGGUAUUUAAGAUUGGCAACUUGUCGAAUGGCAGUCACCGAUUCAAGAUAUCGAAGAAUGCAGAGCAAAUGGCGCUGACGGGUAUUUGCGUUAUGCAUCCAAGAUUUAACUUGGUUAUCGUUGAAGGAGGGGAGCACAGUAUACGACAAUAUCGUAAACUUAUGCUGCAGAGAAUUGAUUGGACCGAAAACUCUCCCACACGCAUCAAAGAAGGUACAAAAGCAGAAGCAUUGCAGGAUUGGCUCAAGGCGGAGGAUGAGAAGGGAGAGCUGAAGAAUAUGACAUUAAACAAAUGUGUACUAGUAUUUGAGGGCGAGGAGAAGGCUAGAGCCUUUAGGAAAUGGGGUAGCAAGGUAUGUGAAACGGACAGUGCUGCCCGUGAUGCCUUGACCAGGGCAAAGAUGGAGAAUUUCUGGACUUUGGCGAAGAGCAUGAAAUAG